CCUCACCUGGCUUUGCAAUCUACACACAGCAGCAGCAGCAGCAGCAGCAGCAGAAACUCCUCGGCGUGCCGUCUGCUCCUGUACUCGCCUCUCCCGGCUGGGGAACAAGAACCCACCGCGUGUGCGAGGAAACCCGCCUCCCUUCCACAGGCACGCUCGUGCGCUGUCUACCCACCCUCUCCUCCCCUGCUCUUCCCUAACGUAGUAACGUAGUUAAGUUACUGCGUACCUACCUUGGGUACUGUACUGUGCCUUACCUAAGUUGUUACCACGCUACUGGUACGGGCUCAGUGGUCAUUCAUCACUGAAAUUCUUCUUUCCCUUCCCACUUGAUGCCCUCCUCGCUCGCUGUCUUGAUCUUGGAUAUGACUGUCAAGGACUUCCGGGCCAUGUGCUACGAAUAACCCUCCCAUCUAUCUGCUUCGAUCUCGUCGAAACCCAUUCCGCUCUGUCUGCAUCUCGCCGGCGGCGCCUAGCUCGCUGUCCCUCGCCUUGCUGCCGUCCUCCCUCCGUUGGUCGCCCUCGACUCCCGAGUGUCGGUCCCUGCCACCCGUGAGCCGUUUUGAUUGGGUAUAUGUGCGCGGCACACCUUCGCAGUCGCAGCUGUUCGAUAUUCGCAUCUGUUUCUGCUUCCUGGGAAUGAACGUGCGGUUGCCGUUUUAGACCGACGGGCAGUUCACGGCGCUGCUAUGAGCGAGCACCAGCCGGCUUCAAGCUUUGGAGAUCCAAAAGCACAGCCGCCCACCCCCAAGCAGACGCCGACUUCUGCCGCCUUCCCGAGCCCCGUCUUCGAAACCCCCCACGCACGUCAAGGCUCUUUCCACGAGGCUGGCGGUCUGACACCUCGGUUCGCCGAAGAGUAUUCCGUCUUCAACGCGACGCCAGGCAACCUGCGAGGCACCCCGGGCCCCUUUGCCGACUUUCUCCCUGCGACCCCCUCCAGUGCUUCGGGAGGGCACAAGCGCCUGCUGUCUGCCGAGGGUUUCGCCAUCCAUAUUGCUGCGCAUGCAAAUCACUUCUCGCCCAACCCUGCCGCCCCAUUGCCUCCUGUCGACCCGUCUCGCCGCCUGCCUUCGUCUCCUGAUCCUGCCACAGCCGGCAAGGCAACGGCAGCUGCAGCCGUCACAGACGCCCAGCUCAGCCCCAACAUCUCAGGGACGCGGUCGUCUAAAAAGGUCCGGAGAGGAGCCGUGCCGGAACCUCCAGAGACGUCCCAGGUCUUAUCUCCGCCUCCGACCGCACGAAAGGGAGAGCGCAAGCUCGCCCCCAAGCCCAACAUGCAAAAUGACCAGCCCUUCGGCCAGCCCGAUUUUGCUGAUCCCUCCCACCAGGACUUGACAGCUCUUGUGGCCAACCCCAGCGACUUGUUCAGCUAUCCUCUAUCUGCCCCGGCCACGGCACCUGUGAAUUUCUGGGACCCGUCCAUGUCGAUGGGCAUGGACUUGGACUUUGGCGCACCCGGACCAAAUAUGUUCCAGUCCCCCAAUCCAUCUUUGCAUCACCACACGGGAUCCUUCGACUGGAACGCAGACAUCCAGCUGUUCCAAGACACCACUGUGCCGCCCCCUUCCUCGAACCAGGAGAAUGUCCAGCCGGUCAGGCGUGAAAGAACGCUGGCACCAAAGCCUUCGGCGUCCGAUGCCUUGGCUGUCACCACCGCCAUGACCGCAGUGCCCGCGACCCAGCCCACGGCCCUCGAUGAUCCCUUUGGCCUUGUGCCACAUGGGCAUGGCGUUGAUCCCGGCCUGCUGUCGAGCCGUCCUCAGACGUCGGCAAUGGACUCGCAAUUCAACGGUCAGGCUGAAUCUGAAUCUGGAUCUGCCGAGGAGGCCAUUGUCGCAUCCAGUAAAUCGCAUUCCAGCGGUGGGCUGCGAAGAUCUAAUAGUGUCAAGGGAGCAAGAGCUGGCAAGCUUCCAGACAGGGCUCUCGCUAGCUCUCCCAUCAAGACAUCCGCUGCACGACCAGGCUUGGGGCGGAGCUACAGCGAAAACCGCGGGAAGAGGGCAUUAGGCAGAGGCUCCCUUCCGACACUAGCGCCGGCCGCCCGUCCUGUACUGCAGGCGGGUAGCGGUACCAGCAUGCCAGCCGCCAGGUCCGGUGGCCGCAGCUCAGGCAGGGUGUCUCCGUCCAAGACGAUGCCUCGGAUUUCGAGCCUGGCCUCUAUCCCCGAAACAUCACCGCAGCACCGCCCUCGCACGUCGGUACGGUUUACUAUUGACGCCCAGGGGCGGGCAAGGGCCGAGACGACCGUGAUUGGCGAGAGUGCCUCUGUCGGCAGGAGAGUCCCACGGAGCAAGAGCUCGCGUGAUGUGUCUUCCAGUCUAAGCUUGCACUCGUCAGAGGAUGAUGACUCGACAGAUGACGAGCCCAUCAUCAUACCGAGUCGCAACAACUCGUUUAAUGCUUCGUUCGCGCUACCGGAUCCGCGGAAGCCCGUCGGCUCCAUCUUUCACUCUUCGAGACGCAGCAUCAGCGACAGGAGCGCGAGCAACUCUGCCAACGACGCCGAGAGCGAGGCAGAGACGGUCGUCAACGAGCGUCAGAGUAAAGGGGGCGAUGCAACCAGCGAGCUUCGCAAGGUAGUAGAGGACCGCCAAAAGAGGUCGAGCCGCAUGGAAAGCGUCCGGUCGCAACGAUUCGUGUCGACCAACCUUGGGCAUUAUACCGGUGGCAUCAUCUCGCCGACAAGCUUGACGGAAUCAAGCUACGGCCCAGAAAGCCAGGGAGUGCGCUGCGUCUGCGACUCGACGGCGCCAGAUGAGGCCGGCGGCUUCAUGGUCCAAUGCGGGUCGUGUGAAUUGUGGCUUCACGGCAGCUGUUUGAAUAUCACGAGGCAAUCCAUGCCCAAGGUCUACAUCUGUGGAUUUUGCGCGAACACGGCCAAUAUGGCGGGGAGGCGGGCCAGAGACAACGCACUCGGCAUUGGAGGGAUGGUGUCUCCUCUGGCGAACAAGUCAUUUAGGUCCUUUCGUUGACAGCAUAGCGACGGGGCCGGUCUCGAACGGCGCAAUUGUCGGACGCUUUGGUUUUUAUGUGUCGUGUACAUUGAUUGAUGUUGCAUACCGGGAAGGGGGGCGACGAAAAAAGACACGCGGGCUCUCUGCCACGAUGGGUAUGAAUGAGCAUGGGUUACUGCGCCUGGAGCAGUCAAUAUGGACUGGGAACAGCGGGCCAGGUUGAUGCCUCGUGGUAAUGGCGUUUUGGGUGAUUUGAAUACUAUACCUACGCAGGAGGUUCUUGCCGAGAAGAACCUUUUGGCUUA